CCUCUUUUCUUUUCUUUUUUUCUCAUAACUUAAAAAUAAUCUCAAGUCAUUUCCAUUUUCCACUCAAUGUAUGUAUAUACAUUUUCCACAAAAUAAAAUACACAGUCAAGUGCUGACAGUGGCCAUUAACAAUGGCAGCCAUGAAUAACAGCAAACACCUCCAUGUCCUCUUCCUUCCUUUCUUAGCCACAGGUCAUCUCAUCCCAUUAGUUAACGCAGCCAGACUAUUCGCCUCUCGCGGUGUCAAUGUCACCAUACUCACUACCCCACAUAAUGCCUUACUUGUCCAAUCAUCCAUCAACAAUGACGUCCGAAUUUCCGGCCAUUCUAUCUCUAUCCACACUAUCCCUUUUCCCUCUGCUAAAGUUGGCUUGCCUGAAGGUAUUGAGAGCUUCAGCGCUGCCACGUCACCCGAAAUGCCACCUAAAAUAUUUUACGGCAUUUUCCUUCUCCAGAAACCAAUGGAAGAUAAAAUUCGCGAAAUAAGUCCCGAUUGUAUCUUCUCUGAUAUGUAUUUUCCGUGGACCGUUGAUAUCGCCGAGGAGUUGAAAAUCCCUAGGAUCUUGUUCAAUCAGUCCAGUUACACUUACAACAGUAUUCUCCAUAAUCUUAAGGUUUACAAGCCUCAUGAGCAACAACUCAAACUGGAAGCAAAUUUCCAAGGUAGUUUCUUGGUUCCUGGUUUACCAGAUAAGAUAGAGUUCAAGCUAUCGCAACUCACAGAUGAUCUGAGAAAGGCCGCCGAUGAUGACAGGACUAGUUUUGAUUCACUGCUUGACCAAGUACGAGAUUCCGAGGGGCGAAGCUACUGCAUUGUUCACGACACUUUUUACGAGCUAGAGCCUGCUUAUGCUGACUACUACCAGAAGAUAAAGAAAACCAAAUGCUGGCAUAUUGGUCCCAUCUCCCAUUUUUCUUCCAAAAUCCGAAGCGAGGAGCUAAUUGCUGACGUCGUCACUGCUGGAAACUCCAGCAGAAACGACGCCGUAGAGUGGUUAAACAACCAGAAGCCUAAAUCGGUUCUAUACGUCUCUUUCGGGACCCUGGUUAGAUUUCCAGAGGACCAAAUAAGUGGAAUCGCAAAAGCUCUGGAGAGUUCAAGUGUCCCUUUCAUAUGGGUAGUGAGGAAGGACACGUGGUUGCCGGAUGGUUUCGAGGAGAGGGCAGCGAAGAGCAAAAAGGGAUUGAUGAUUAGAGGGUGGGCCCCACAGCUGACCAUUUUGGACCAUUCAGCCGUAGGAGGAUUCAUGACUCAUUGUGGUUGGAAUUCGGUCCUUGAAGCCAUCGCUAGUGGGGUCCCAAUGAUAACGUGGCCACUCUGCUCCGAGCAAUUCUACAACGAGAAGCUUGUGGAGGUUGUGGGGUUGGGAGUCAAAGUGGGGACAGAGAUAUGGAACCCUGGUCUUGAGAUCUCGUGUCCUGUAGUAGGCUGUGGAAAGAUUAAAGAAGCAAUAGAGGGACUUAUGACGACUGAUUCAGAGGAAAGCCUGAAAAUUAGGCAGAAAGCUAACGCCAUGGCAAAUUUGGCUAAGAAUGCAACAGAAGAAGGUGGAUCUUCAUGGAACAGUCUCACGACGUUGAUUGACGAUAUUAGGAAUUUUAAUUUGUCACCGACUAUGGCUUAACAAUCUAAUUAAUUGCAAUAAAAGAAGGUGAAUUGGAUC